UAUGACUCUAACAUGCCAAAUACUUGCAACUAUUACCGUAAUAUACGCAUAUUGUACGUCCAUCACUGAAAUUUUAGUGUAUUAAUUGCUCGCUAUAAGCUAGGUGAUUGCGCCCCUCAACCAACGUACUGACAACCCAACCUCCACGGAACUCAAACUUUAACGUGAGUUAAUAGUAAUCUUACUCUCUAUAUACCAAAGUGAUUUAUCUAGGAAUACAGUUGAACUUCACUAAAAACUAAUGAUGUGUUGAUGAGUUCAAUGAAUCCUUCAAUUCCUUUGGUUUUCUUGGCGAACUGACGUCCGACAAUGACCCGUUGACGUGUACCUGCAUAAUACGCCAUUGCCAUAUAGUCUAGUGUGUAAACAGAUCUAUUUUUGGACGAAACUCAGCCCCUCGCAAACAUUGGUCGAUUUCGCCAGUGAUGACACUGACACAGCGCCAAGCAAGAGUCAAACGCCUGAAAGUGACAAAAUGAAAUCAUUCGGUAUAAAGGAUGUGUCGAAGAUAAUCAAGGAUCACUUUGGGCAGAUGGCAAAGAGGAAAGCUGACAGUGGUAGCAAGACAACAAAUGGUGGAUAUAAGUCUCAGACUAACGCUCUCAAAGAAGACAUGGAGAAUGUAAUCGAAGCAAAAGCUCGGAGGACUUAUAUCUUUGAGAACGGGAAUGUUCAACGGGAGGAGCAUGACUUUAAGGAUGCCAUGAAGCUAACAAGUCAGAGCAUUAACGAUUAUUCGAAAACAAUGGCUAUGGCUGGUCACGAAUCUGUAUCAGGUUUUGACAACUUGGUUGUAAAGAACUAUGAGCCAAAAAGUUAUAUUGGGUUUUCGAAAAGUCUUUCAUCAAUGCUGGGUUCGAAGACCACUGAUCUAAAAGAGGGCCAGGGCGAUGGGUUUGGUUUUGUUAAAAGUUUGGAGCCACUGGUUGACAAGGUUCUGGAGAUAAUACCGGCUGAAUAUCGUAGAAGGAGUGAUAUUGGGAAAGCCACAAAGGUGACUGCGAAGAAAGAGACUUAUUCUAAAAGUGCAAUUAACAGUCGAACACGGGCAUUGGUGCGAACGUUGAAGACGGCAUCCUCAGAUAGCUCAAGGCUAGUCAGAAUGGAGGAACUCUCGAAACAUUUAUUGAUGUAUCCGGAAUCACAUGGUGUCGCUGUCAAGGAACAAGCAAUCCCUUUCUUGCUGAAGAUCCGCAAGUCGUCAUCCAGUUCAAUCUCCGGGCAGGCACGUGAAUGUCUGGCUCUAGUUGGCCACGUAGACCCAAUCCAAAGUCGAGGAAUUCGAGUUUUAUCAAUUGAUGGUGGUGGAACAAGGGGUCUGAUGUCAAUCAACAUGCUGAAGAAGCUAGAAGAGAUAACUGGUCAACCAAUUCACAAACUCUUUGAUUAUAUCUGCGGCGUUAGCACGGGGGCGUUGAUGGCUGCACUCAUUGGCUGUUACAGGGUACCGCUGAACGAGUGUGAGGAAGUCUACAGGGAAUUCAGCCUUGAGAUGUUCCAGAGAAGUAGGAUUGUUGGUGCCAGUAAACUUGUCUUCAAUCAUGCAUUUUAUGAUACGGAGAUGUGGGCAAACAUCCUAAAAUCCAACCUGGGAGAGCGGUUGCUAAUUGAUACUGCCAGAGAUGAAGAAUGUCCCAAGAUGUCUAUAGUGUCUUCGAUCAUCAACAUGCCCAACAUCCAGAAUUAUAUGUUCCGCAACUACAACCUGCCGGCAGGAAUGGAGUCUCACUAUAGGGGGAGCUGUGAGUACAAGAUGUGGGAGGCAGUGAGGGCCUCGUCCGCUGCCCCUGGUUACUAUGAGGAGUGUGUACUUGGAGAUUACGUACACCAGGAUGGUGGCCUGCUUACCAACAACCCCACAGCCUUGGCAAUCCAUGAAUGUCGUCUGCUGUGGCCAGAUGAACCGUUGCAGUGUGUAGUGUCGCUUGGCAAUGGCCGCUUUGAGCCGGCAGAGGUGCCUGACCCAGAGGCCUACAAGACAAUCAAGGAGAAGGUGCUGAAAUUUGUUCAGAGUGCUACAGACACACAGGGCGUACACACCAUGUUACAUGACCUACUUCCACCCUCGACCUACUUCCGUUUCAACCCCUACAUGACCGAGGACUGCCUCCUUGAUGAAAUACGAGAAGAAAAGAUCGACCAGCUUUUGCAGGAUACGGAGAUGUACCUCCGAAAGAAUGAACACAAGAUGGAGUCUGCCGCUAAACAACUCCUGUUGCCAAGACGACCCCAUCAGAAAGUUAACGAUUGGGCUCUUGGAAAGUUGCAAAGGUUUAACUAACAUUUGAACUGGACCUGCUGGCAGGUAGCUCCAAAUCCCAUUCAGCAUCGUAGUUGAAAUGGUACGGGUUCAUACUCUGCCUUGGGUUGUUGUAUUCUCCCGGCAGUGUGUUUAUUUUAACUCUCUCAUGGACCUGAAACUUUCACAUAGAUUCAUGAAUUUCUCUCACACUCAAUGUAUUGCUCCCCUCAACCUUCAUGUUGUAUGAUAAUGAUAAUGGGUGAUAUGAAUAAAGACUAGCAAAUGCUUUUAUCUAAAACUCCAUGUACAUUUACACUAGGCCUUUCUGUACAAAAUUGAAGUAAAAGCAUUUGCUGGUCUUUAUUCAUAUCACCCAAUGUUCAAGAAAAGUGUAGUUCAGCUAUCAAUAUUGUGGUGGCAGCACUAUGAGUAUUUUCUCACAUCAAGGUUCUCACAUUUACCUAUCACACUCAUCAAUACAUAAUUAUUAGCAAUAGUUAAUGUGCUUUAAAAUCCCUCUACUGUAUUUAUAUAGUAAUAACUCUCACAUUUUAAACUUUAUUGCUAUGUUCUUUUUGUUUGGCAGCUAUUUGUCUUUUGUUUUAAAGUAGACAUUUUCUUGUUUUAAUACUUUUCAUGCAAGUGUUUGAGCAAAAUUUGAAUCUAAGAUGGGGUUGGGUCGGACUGGUGUUCAUUAAUUUGUUAAAGGAUACUCUUAUAGGUUACAAGAUAAAUGUUAAGGGCCACUUUAACUUUUAAAGUGGUUCUUUUAAAGUUUAAUGGGGGACUAUAGGCAGGGGGUCAAAUUGUUGAUCUCGGCAGAGGUUAGAACUUUAAUGGUUGUGAUUGAUUCAGUGUUAGGUAUGUUCCUCAUAUAAAGUGAAUAGAUUAUCACUUUGAAAUAAGAAUGAAAGUACCAUGGUUUGAUACAAAACGCAUGAGUUGGGCAAGUAUUUUAGUCCGAGUAUAAAUCAAAGAUGGGAUGAUGUUUUUCUUGUAUAUACAGUAGAACCUCUCUAUUAAGGACACCUUCGGGACUGGGAAGUGCUAUCCUUAAUAGAGAGGUGUCCUGAUUAGAGAGGUCAAAUUGAAUAGCAACUACCAAUUUGGGACCAAAAAUAGUGUCCUUAAUAGAGAGGUUGUCCUUAAUAGAGAGGUGACCACUAAGGGAGGUUCCACUGUAUAUUAUUGUUGAUCAACAAAGUCGUCGAUUGUCAGAAAACUGUAAUUGAAAGAUUGAAAUGCUGGGUAAGAUAAAACUCAAGAUGAUUCUGAGUUUACUGAUUCCCCUCCUUUAGGUAAUCAUGCAGUUUCAAAUGUUUGUAUUUGUGAAAUGUACAGGGUAUGUAAUUAUCAUUUGAUCUGUGAUACUGUGCUGUGUCAGUGCUCAGUACUCAUGUAUUGUUGUGAUCAAUAUCAUUGGUGAAAACAAGUAAUGAGCUGUUAUAAUGUGCAAAUAAAUGCUAGGUUAGUGGUCAUUAUAACCUAUUAAACGGAUAAUAAAUACUAGUCCUCCCAAAGGGACUAAUAAACCUGAACAGAAUCUUACAUGUAGCUUUACAUGGUGAUGAGUGUUGUAAUUGAAAUAUUUUACCGGUGCGUCUAAAAUUUCUGGCAUAUUUGAAAUUCUAUGCCAAAUAGUGUUGGUUUGUUUUAAUAGCAACUCUUUAGUGAGGAAAAGUUCCUUGUAAGAAAGUCAAAGAGUGCAACUCCCAGUGCUGCAAUAGAUUUGUGCUUUUUUGGAACAUUCUGUAUUUUGUAAUUAUGGGCUGUAUUUAUGGUAAUAUUUGAGUGUCCGGCUGUUUAAACCAUGACUCAAUAAAAAAUAUGUAUCAGUGAGUUCUAA